AUGGAUCCCUAUGAGGACUUUACUCAGAUAUCUACCGUUUGGCUCAGCUUCGUUUCUGCAUUUGUGAUCAUAUGGAUAUUAGCUCUAAGUGGUAACGCCAUGGUCAUCUACACCGUGUGGAGUAAUCGUCGAAUGCAUACAGUGGUCAACUAUUACAUCGUCAAUCUCGCAGUCUGUGAUUUUGCUGUCGGAGCGUUUGUUCUGCCAAUGAAACUCUUGGAACUGGCUACCCCUGCAACGCUCUCUUUCAUGACGGAUGAAUUGUGUACAGCUAUGUUGUAUCUGCAAACGAUUGUUGUGUUCGCCAGCGUUCUCACCCUCGUGGCUACCUGUCUUGAAAGGUAUUUCGCCAUCUGUGACCCGCUCCUGAGCCGGAUGCAAUUGCAGUCCAAGCGACGCGCGAAAAAGAUACUUUUUGUGGUGUGGACGGCUCCCUGUAUUGUGGCAUCUCCGUUUUUGUAUCCACUUUCUAGAGCAGACACCGACACCUUGGUUUCUGACCUCGGAUCCAUCACCCGUACAACAUGCAUGAUAACCAUCAAAGAGCCGUUUCGUCAGGGCUACUACACCUUCCUAUUCUUCACCAUUUACCUUCUGCCUUUAACGUUCAUUGGUUGGACAUGCCACAAGAUCGCUCAAUGUCUACUCCACGGUGUUCCUUUGUGCCGGUCAGGGAGUCUGAGGAGACAGGACGCGAACCGGAGGAAGAUUGCUAAGAUGGUGAUCAUUGUGGCGAUCGCCUUCGGGGUGUCAUGGACCCCAUAUUUCAUGGUGUCAAUGGUGACGCAAAUCCCGGGCGCAAACUACAUGCAGAGUCACAAUUAUUUCACGACGAUGCUAGCCAUAAAUCUUUGUGCCUUCCUGAAUUCGUGCAUCAACCCUUUCAUCUACGUCACGAUGAGCACACGCUUCCGCAAUGGCUUUCGGCGCAUCGUGCGUGCCCUCCUCUGUUUCUGCUGCACGUUCCAGCCAAAUCCAGACGAGGAUCCUUUCUGUGGAGCGGAACACCUCAAGCAGAUCAGACCGAACCCAUCGCGUAUGGUGAAACCCCAUCAGGAUCCAACGUAUUCAGUCCUUUGCUGCCCCGUCUAUGGUUGCCGGAAAGUUUUGACUGAGAGCUUGACAUCUGGCUGCGGCUACGCUGCAGCUCCGGCAGCCGCAACCGCUCCCCAGAACAGCGUCCGUAAGGGAGAAAGCGGUCGAGAAAGUCCGGUGAUCGUAAACGAUACGAACCCCGCUCGCCGUCGACCUCGAGGGGAAAUCCCCGUUCAUGGGAACUCGCUGCCUUCGUUGAAUGAUGUCAAUGCGAUUUCACGACUGCAGCCGUCACUGACCUUCCCUCCGCAUACCAGACCGAGCUCAGUCUGA